AUGUGUGUUCUCUCUGUAACCUGUCUCCUGCUCUGUGUCUCUGUACACACGGCUUCCAGCGACAUAUUCAAUCAGAUCCACACAGAGGGGAGUGACGCUUUUCUCUUCUGUGUAAAUGAUGGUAAAGUGGUUUGGGGUAAAGGUGUUGAUGGAAAUAGAAGGGACAUCCUCACUGCUGAACAUGGAGAAAUCACCAUUAAACACAGACCUGAUCCAGAUAACAGAUACACUGUGUUAAGUGAUUCAUCACUCCAUAUAAAGGAUCUGUCUCUCUCAGACUCGGGGGUUUACUACUGUAACUCUGUUCCUGUGAUCAAUCUGACUGUCACUCCAUCACACGAGAGAACAAGUGAGAACAAGUCCACACAGACGACUCCGACAACAACAACCAGCACCGGAGUGACUCACCGUGACAAUGGAGCUACUCAGAACAUCACUCCCAACACCAGUGUAGAAGAACAUGAAGAAUCUUCAGAUACCUGGACUACAGGUUCCUCCACUAAGCAAUCCUACACAACUGCAUCUACCCUGAAGAACACGGAGAGAACAAGUGAGAACAAGUCCACACAGACGACUCCGACAACAACAACCAGCACCGGAGUGACUCACCGUGACAAUGGAGCUUCUCAGAACAUCAUUCCCAACACCAGUGUAGAAGAACAUGAAGAAUCUUCAGAUACCUGGACUACAGAGACCACACAGACGACUCAGACAGGAACAGCCUGCGUUACACCUGAUGGAAAAACCGCCACUCAGUUCAACAUUCCCAAGAGCACUGAACCAGUCAAAGAAUCUUCAGGUGCAGUCGUGAUUCCGGUCUCUGUGCUGGUUGGAGUCUCUGUUGUAGCAGUAAUUGUAGCUGUGCUGCUGAGGAGAUGUUUCUUCCGAAAGAGAAGUGAGAGGUCUCAGUACACAGAUAACCGAUUGUGUUUAGUAAUCGUGAAAUCGGCUGUUUUUACUGAACACACGUUUGGUUUCCAUUUCUCAGCUGCUAAAGGCAGAAAGACAGAUCACAUCUAUGAAUCCAUAGAAGAUGUUACACCGGCUGCACAAAAAAAUCUGUAUGAAGCCAUUUAUGUCCUGGCAGGAGAUACAGCUCUAGUCAAUCUGGGGAAUAAGACACAGACUGAUGCUUCCUCAUCUUCAGAGACACAAUCACCUACAAAUCUGGUCGAGUCCGUGUACUCCACAAUACAGGGAGAUGAAAUGGUGCUGAGCGAGAUAUCACCCACUGACUGCAAAACUCAGCCCACUUAAAUCCUCUCACGUCAGAGUAUUCUCAACAUCUUCCACUGUUUGUCUUCACGGUACUACGGGACAAACUAUCAGGCUCUUUUAUCUCUUGUUGCCUCUGCCAGGAGGUUACGACUUGACUGUAAACAUUGCAAUAAUUAUUAUAUCAUUAUUGUGUUUCAUAUAAUCAUUUUUAAAUAGUUUAAUAUAUUUAAUAUAUUUCAACAUAUUUUUAUCUCUUCUCAAACAAUGUUUUGUUUUUAUGACAAAAAUAAAUCUUAAUUCUUACAAAGUGUGGGAAUGUGGUGUAAUAUCAUUCACUCCUACUUAAAGACUCCUCACAUGAUCCUUCAUACAUCACUGACAGUGCAGGACAACAUUCCCUAAAAUAACCACACACACACACACACACACACACACACACACACACACGCC